GCGCUACUCACACUGUGCAGUCCCCCACUUCUCACUGACUUACAUUUAUAGCUACACGAUAGGCGACCAUUGUUUUUCUUGCCCCCAAAUCACGACAGGCAUACACGGAAUUUCCAUCGACUUCUCACGCUAUUGGUGUGCAGCCUACCUGGUGAGUGCAGUACAGGAUGUCGACCACACCAGACUUAACCACAGACUUCUACACGACCUUGGCUCCGUUGUUUUCGGAUGUGCCACAGUUAGACGCAUCACAGUCAAACAUAACGUCAUGUCAGCAAUGGGAGGAAGCCCAUCACCUGCUGUUCCACCUGGGAAACCUGUGUCUGCUCGCAGGUCUGGUUAUCCCGACUACUCUUGGACUGCACAUGAUUUUCCUGAGACUUCUGUUAAUGGCAGGGUGUAGUUUCUUCAUCGCCUGGGCAACGCUCUACCGAUGCACCUUGGACAUUAUGGGCUGGAACAUAGUCUUCCUCGUGGUCAACUUCAUGCACUUUUUCUUCCUCAUGUACAAACGCAGACCUAUUAAGAUUGAUAGGGAGCUGAGGUCUGUGUACAAGCGCAUGUUCGAGCCACUGCAUGUGCGGGAGGCUCUGUUCCAGAGACUGACGGGACAGUUCUGCACCAUCCAGACCCUAAAGAAGGGGCAGGUGUACGCAGCUGAGGACAAGACGUCCGUGGAUGAACGCCUCAGCAUCCUCCUCAAGGGAAAAAUGAAGGUGACCUAUCGUGGUCAUUUCCUCCACAACAUUUACACCAAUGCCUUCAUCGACUCCCCUGAGUUCCGGUCCACCCAGAUGCACAGAGGAGAGCGGUUCCAGGUGACCAUUAUGGCUGAGGAGAACUGCAAGUUCCUGUGCUGGUCGAGAGAGAGGCUCACUUACUUCCUCGAGUCCGACUCCUUCCUGAACGAGGUGUUCAGAUACCUUAUCGGCAAGGACAUAACAAACAAACUCUACUCACUGAAUGACCCCACACUUAGUGACAAGGCGGUGAAGAAGAUGGACCGGCAGCCUAGCCUGUGCUCCCAGCUGUCCAUGACCCAGAUGAGGAACAGCAUGGCCAGCACUGGUGACACCGAUGACGUCCUGCACCAGAUCCUGAGAGGAGGCUCCGCCGGCUCUUCACUACAGAAAUCUCCAAUGCCGAAAGCCACCGCGAUGAAGCCUAUUGAGGAAGCCAUGGAGGACGACGACGUGUUUGAGUCUGACUCCCCCUCCAGAACAGACCGUGUCCCCAGUACCUCCCACCAGGAGGCGUGAUGAGUAGUGAUGUCAUAAGGAUACCCCCCCACCAACCCCACCUCUUCUCAGCCUGAGCAGGAACAUCAGAGAUCGCUCACCCUCUUAAAACCAGCAUGUGUGGGAAAGUGCUUUAUGCUGACGGAGGACACACAAAUGGUUUCUUAUUUCUUUAGCUGUUAUGUGUGAAGAUGUGAGUACUUGUCCUUUCAGGACAGUGCUGUGUUUUUUUUUUUUUUUUUUGGGGGGGGGGGAGGGGGCUCCAUUUCCAUUUGUACAUUCAUCCAUUUAGGACAUACUUAUACAGCACACUUGUACACUCUCAUUAGUGUGUGUGCAUGUGUGUGUGCACUGUACGCGUGUGUGUGUGUGUUGCCGAGUCAAAUCCAUGAUUUGAAGAUGUUUGGUGCUUUGCUCUAGUUGUUGUACAGGAUGGUCAACUGAGGUGGCAGCUGAGUAUGAGUCUGGUCAGGAUCUCAUGUUGAUCCACCACACCCCCUCUGUCUAGCAGUGGUCAGUGAGCUGACCACAGCGUUGCACUACUUCGUAAGGUUAGAGCUGUUAGCCAUGUAUAUUACAUAGCCAUGUACUGUGCCCCACUACACAGAUUCACUACUGUGGAUUUGCUUGAUUGACCUUUGGGUUAACUGUAGAUGAAACCUGAAUUUACAUUACCUGCUAAAGGCAGUGACCACUAAUGGAGAAUAUAUUUACAGUACAUUUACAUCUUAUAUGCACCAAACAUUUGUAGAUAUGUGUCUGUGUUUGCAGUGUAUGGCAAAUUCUAGCUUUCCUACACAGUAUAAAUCAAGUUGGCAAUGGCAAAUGCAGCACAAGAUGCAAAUAAAAUAUUGCUUUUGGUCAUCAAAAUGAACUUGGUUUGAACUAAA